UAGAAGCACCUAUCUCUAGCACGUAUAGCGCACCUCUGCAAGAAAGUAAACUGGAUUUUACCGGAUAAAACUGGCCAUUAGCUCGGGAAGGGGUUAACGGGAGUCCACAUUACACAACUUACUGACUGCGAGCCACUCUGCGUAGUUUCUCGCUCGCUAACCCUACACUGUAGACAACUUGAAAACAUGGUUAAAAAACAAACAACAAUCCAGAGUAAUAUUUUUAAAAACGUGAAAAUAUCUUACUAUUUGAUAUUAUAAAGUCGCAUAAUUAUCUCAAUAAGUAAACCAGAGCAAUAUGGUUCGCCGUCAACGUGAACAGAGCACAACCGAAGACGAAAUUGUAAUUGACACCCCGCCUCAAAAGAAGCAUAAAAGGCAUAAACAUAAAAAGCACAAGAAAAGGAAAAUCGAAGAUGAUUUCGACAGUGACACAUCGAUUGAUGUCGCGUACGAAGACGCGAUGGAUAAACCUUAUAAAAUUAAAACGAAAUCUGGCAAGGACGUGCCAGGAACCUCCGCUGCGGAUCUUCUGAAAGCUCAAACAAUGAAAUCGUCGUCAGAUUCAAGAAGAUCAAUGCCUGGCUCAUCAUCAAGUACCCCACCUAAACCAUCCACAUCAAAAAAGAAGAAGAAAGGGCGAGAUAGUGGAACUUCAAGUGAAGAAGAGAGGUGGUUAGAUGCUAUUAAAUCUGGGAAGCUUGAAGAAGUUGAUGAAGAACUUAAGAAAAUUAAGCCUAAGGAUCCUAAAAUGAUGACAGCUAGACAAAGAGCUAUGUAUGAAAGAGGCACAGAUAAAGAACCACUACCUGGAGGUGAGGUUCUGCUGGCAUUACCUUCAGGAUACAAAGAAAAAGUUAUGACUGCCGAAGCCAUACAAAAAGCAGCACUUAAGUCUCAAAAACGCAAACAAAUGGCAGACGAAAAGAGAGAAAAAGAUAAAAAGAAAACUAUGGAUCGGUUGCUUAAAAAACAGGAAUCCAAGAAUUUGAAAAAUGCUCAGAAAGGCAAACCUCCAAAAAAGAUAGAGCCUAUGAUUGUUUACAAGAAUAAUAAUAAUGAAAUAACACUGUCACUGCCAGUAGGUGUACCAUUUCCAAUGGAACAAAAAGUUCCAGUGGAACCUCCCCCAGCAGUCACUUGUGGUGUUACUGGAUGUGAAAAUGCAAAAAAGUAUAGUUGUUCUAAAACAGGUAUUCCACUUUGUAGUCUUGGAUGUUAUAAGAAAAAUUUAGAAACUGUUUCUACAUAAUAAAUCUAAUUUAUAUA